AUGGCGUCUGUCGACGUAGCCGAGCUCCGGCAAAAGUACACGGCCGCCGGCCAGGGCCAGGUGUUUACCUUUUACGACAGCCUGUCCGCCGCCGAGCAGGCCGACCUCGUGAAGCAGCUUGCCCUCUUCGACCCCACCCGCAUCAACGAGCUCGCCAAGGAGGCUCUACACCCCACGCCCCCGGCCGACAGCGGCCCCGCCGUCCUGGAACCCCUCCCCGAAUCCGCCACCGCCAGUAUCCUCGACUCUGAUGCGAGUGCCAUUGCCGGUUGGUACAAGGCAGGCCUGGAGCUGAUCAGCCAGAACAAGGUCGGUGUGGUGCUCAUGGCCGGCGGCCAGGGCACGCGUCUGGGCAGCUCGGCGCCCAAGGGCUGCUACGACAUUGGCCUGCCGUCGUCCAAGUCGCUGUUCCAGAUCCAGGCUGAGCGCAUCCUCAAGAUCCAGCAGCUGGCGGGCGCCAACGCCGUGGUCCCUUGGUACAUUAUGACGAGCGGACCGACGCGGGGCCCGACCGAGGCCUUCUUCGUCGAGAACAAGUACUUUGGUCUCGACAAGGCCAACGUCCUCUUCUUCGAACAGGGCGUGCUGCCCUGCAUCUCCAACGAGGGCAAGAUUUUGCUCGAGGCCAAGGGCAAGGUCGCCGUGGCGCCCGACGGCAACGGCGGCCUGUACCAGGCCAUGGUCGGCGCGGGCAUUCUGGCCGACCUCAAGGCGCGCGGCAUCGAGCAUGUGCACGCCUACUGCGUGGACAACUGCCUGGUGCGCGUGGCCGACCCGGUCUUUUUGGGUUUCGCGGCCAGCAAGGACGUCGACAUUGCGACCAAGGUUGUGCGCAAGCGCAACGCCACCGAGUCGGUCGGUCUGAUUCUGCAGAAGAACGGCCGCCCGGACGUGGUUGAGUACAGCGAGAUUGACUCUGCGACGGCCGAGGCGCAGGACCCGCACCAGCCUGGUGUGCUCAAGUUCCGCGCCGCCAACAUUGUCAACCACUACUACAGCCUGCGCUUCCUCGAGACGAUCCCGCAGUGGGCGCGCGACCUGCCGCACCACGUGGCGCGCAAGAAGAUCCCCCACGCCGAUUUGACGUCGGGCGAGACGGUCAAGCCGUCGACGCCCAACGGCAUCAAGCUGGAGCAGUUUGUCUUUGACGUGUUCCCACGCGUGCCGCUGGCCAAGUUUGCGUGUCUCGAAGUGCGCCGCGAGGACGACUUUUCGCCUCUCAAAAACGCCCGCGGCACUGCCAACGACAACCCGGACACCAGCAAGCGUGACAUUCUGCUUCAGGGUCGGCGGUGGCUGGAGGCGGCCGGCGCGCUCGUGACCGUCAGCGACGACGCGCGGAGUGAUGUGGUGCCGGCUGAGACGGGUAUCGAGGUGCCGCCGCUGGUCAGCUACGGCGGCGAGGGCCUGGAGGCCUUCAAGGGCAAGUCCAUUGUGGCGCCGGCUCUUCUGGAAGGUUAA